CAUGCGGGGCGGACGCCGCUCCUUCCUGCUGGCCUAGGCGCGUUCGCCAUGGCGCGGAACGUGCUGUAUCCCCUGUACCAGCUGGGCGGCCCCCAACUCCGUGUGUUCCGAACCAACUUCUUCAUUCAGCUGGUGCGGCCUGGCACUGUGCAGCCCGAGGACACUGUGCAAUUCCGGAUCCCCAUGGAGAUGACCAGGGUGGACCUCAGGAAUUAUCUUGAGCGCAUCUACAAUGUACCGGUGGCUGCUGUCCGGACCCGGGUGCAGCAUGGUUCCAACAGGAAGAGGGACCACAGAAACGUGAGGAUCAAGAAGCCGGACUACAAGGUGGCCUACGUGCAGCUGGCCCACGGGCAGACAUUCACCUUCCCAGAUCUGUUUCCUGAGAGAGAGCAGAGCCCUGCAGGAGGCCCUGUGGAGGAAGGGCCCAGCGGGUUUCCAGAGGCCCAGAAGCCGAGCAGCAACCCCCGGCAGGGCGGUAUCCCCAACUGGUUCAGCCUGUGAGCGAGCAGCAGCGAGCAGCGGUUUGAGCAGCGGUCAGGGACGACGGCCCAGACCCCAGUGGUGGAGAAGUUCUGACAGCCCAAAUAAAAUUCCUGCUGUGAGGACAAAGAA